CCCUUUUUCAGGUUGUGUUGGUGUUUCAUUGAAAGAAAGGUUGUUGGAAUACAUAUCCCUGCUGGCCGUUAUUUUCCUGUCGAACAAGCAAUUGAAUCUUCUGCUCAAAAAUUGAAAUUAGAUUAUAAGUCUGUCCACUCGUCGUAUAUAGAUGAUCUAAAGUGCCAUAUUCAAAGACGAAUAAUACAAACGGACAGAGUAAAUUUUCGGCGCAAGGAAAGCGAUAAUGUUAGAUGUAGGAAAGUGGUGUAUUUUUCAUAUGGUGGAUGAUGCCAUCCUGCAAGUAGCCAAAACAGUUUGUGUAUUUGGUCCAAGUGGUAACGAGGCUUUCAUAAUAACAAAGGAAGAUGACGUUUAUGCGUUUGGUGCAAAUGUGAAUUCCUGUUUAGCCCUUGCCUCUGGUACAAGUACACUGCAACCAAAGAAAGUGGAGAAAUUGUCUAAAUUGAACAUUACAUCGUUUUCUUUUGGUAGUGCACCGCAUGUUCUCGCACUGACAGGUUCUGGGCAAGUGUAUGGUUGGGGUGGAAAUUCGUAUUCUCAAGUUGGGCUUGCAAGUAGUUCAUCCGUCCAAGCUCCGACGUUGAUUGGCGGAGCUCUUUCGGGAAAAACUGUAACGAAAAUAGCCUGCGGUGGAAAUCAUUCCCUCGCAUUGAUAUCUACCGGAGAGGUCUAUGCUUGGGGUUAUAAUAACAGUGGACAAAUUGGUUCAGGCUCUACAGUGAAUCAAGCUACACCAAGAAAAGUCACAGCUGGUAUCGGCAGCAAAGAGAUAGUCAAUAUUGCUUGUGGGCAAUCGUCUUCAAUGGCUAUAGAUAAUAAUGGAGAGCUUUAUUCCUGGGGUUACAACGGAAAUGGUCAAUUAGGCCUCGGUUGUAACACGAACCAACCAAACCCAUGCCGAGUUACUGGGCUUAUCGGAACGUUUGUUACAAAGAUUGUCUGCGGGUACGCUCAUUCUCUCGCAUUAUCUGACACUGGCAAUAUUUACGCAUGGGGAGCCAAUCAAAAUGGCCAACUGGGCACCGGAAGUAAAGCCAACCUUGUUACACCAUCAAGAAUUGCCACUGACAGAGGGAGAUUCAUUGACAUCACUGCCUGCCAUUACAGUCACAUGUCUUCAGCUACGACAGCAUUGGGGAAGAUUUAUGUUUGGGGUCUUUGCAAAGGACAGUCAGUGACGGCAUUAAUGGCUACCAAUUUCAAAUGUGCUGAUAAUGCAUAUGCCUGCCUAUCGUCCGCUCCGUCGAUGUCACGUCCUCUAACUAUAGGUAAUAGAAAGACAUUAAAGACCGUUUCGGAAACAAUGGCAAUGGCGUUUAACGAUAAGGGAACAAGUGACGUUACAUUUAUUAUUGACGAUAAAUUUGUGUACGUUCAUAAAGCGAUAUUGAAAAUAAGAUGCGAGUACUUUAAAGCGAUGUUCCAAGAUCACUGGCCAGAGGAUGGCCAAAAUGAAAUAAAGAUAACGUCAUAUUCGUACUCAGUCUUUUACGCAUUCCUUCGAUAUUUAUACACUGACCAAGUGGACCUCGCGCCUGAAGAUGCAAUUGGCUUACUUGACCUCGCUAACGCGUACUGUGAACCUCAACUUAAACGAUUAUCCGAAAUGAUUAUUAAAAACGGCAUAACGGUUCAAAAUGCGAUUAUGUUAUUGGCAGCUGCACUCAAGUACGACGCUGAGGAUUUGGAAGAGUUUUGUUUCAAGUUUUGCGUUAAUCAUAUGACCGCAGUAACACAAACUGAUGCGUUUCAAAAUCUUGAUGAGAAUACACUGAAGGAUUUUAUACUCAAGGCGUCCCAAUGGGGUGCUUUUAAAUACUAAAUAAAUAUGAUUAACUUUGUUGAAUGUUUAAACUAAUAGUUUAUCUUAUAAAGAAAUUUAAUCGAAUUAGCAACAAACGAUAUUUACCCUUCUUGGGCAUUUAGGUCGAGGGUGAAAGGAAAGCCUCCUUAUUUAAAAAACUCCAA